UGACUCUUCUGGAUUGGCAUCGCCAACUGCUGUGUGACUAACAUCCAGUCGCAGCCUUCGUCGCGAGGCCUAUAAGCAGAAACCUUUUCUGCCUGGGGGCUUCCGCAGCUCAAUUGAUCCUCUAGGUUUUUUUUUCGAGCAGAGCACUUCUUGCUCCCGGUCGCCGUGCUCUUCGGGGCCGAGUUUAUCGAUCCACGAGCACGAGCGGUUCUUCCAAAACCGUUCCUUCUGCCAUCAGAAUCCUCGGCCACCUAGAACACCACCGGAACAAUGGCCUUCCGCGCAUCCCUGCGGCUCGCUGCCGCUGCUCGCCCGGUAGCCGCCCGCUUUUACUCUCAGGCUGCUGCCGUGCCGACGUCGAGCGCAUCGUCGGGGACGGCUGCCCAGAUCCAGAGGGACGCCGCCCUACCAAACCCGGACCCCGCCGAGGACUCGGCCAGCGCUGCCCUCGUCCGCGAGCACUCCCCCUACAUGGUGGCUACCUACGCCCGCCCCCCACCCGUCUUUGUCAGGGGCGAGGGCUCCUACUUGUGGGACAUUGAGAACCGCAAGUACCUCGACUUCACCGCCGGCAUCGCCGUCAACUCGCUCGGCCACUGCGACCCCGAGAUAUCCACCCUGAUCGCGCAGCAGGCCAAAACCCUGAUGCACGCAUCCAACCUCUACUAUAAUCCCUGGACCGGCGCCCUCUCCAAGCUCCUCAUCGAGAAGACGGUCGCCUCGGGCGGCAUGCACGACGCCACCGCCGUCUUCAUCUGCAACUCGGGCAGCGAGGCCAACGAGGCGGGCAUCAAGUUCGCGCGCAAGGUGGCCAAGACGAUCGACCCCUCGGGUGCCAAGCACGAGAUCGUCUCCUUCCAGAACGCCUUCCACGGCCGCACCAUGGGCGCCCUCAGCGCGACCCCCAACCCCAAGUACCAGGCCCCCUUCGCGCCCAUGGUCCCCGGCUUCCGCGUCGGAACCCUCAACGACGUCGCCGCCCUGCCCGACCUGGUCACCCCGUCGACCUGCGCCGUCAUCGUGGAGCCCGUCCAGGGCGAGGGUGGCGUCCGGGUGGCCACGGACGAGUUCCUCGUCGCCCUCGCCCGCCGCUGCCGCGAGGUCGGCGCCCUGCUGCACUACGACGAGAUCCAGUGCGGCCUCUCGCGCACCGGCACCCUCUGGGCCCACUCCCACCUGCCCCCCGAGGCCCAUCCGGACAUCCUGACGACCGCCAAGGCGCUCGGCAACGGCUUCCCCAUCGGCGCCACCCUGGUCGGCCGCCGCGUCGUCGACAAGAUCAAGGUCGGCGACCACGGCACCACCUUUGGCGGCAACCCGCUCGCCUGCCGCCUCGCCGUCCGCAUCGUCGAGCGCCUCGCCGACGAGGGCCUCCAGCGCGGCGUCGUCCGCAAGGGCGACCUCUUCCGCGAGGGCUUCGAGCGCCUCCGCGCCCGCUUCCCCGACCUGGUCCGGGAGGUCCGCGGCCGCGGCCUGAUCCUCGGCCUGCAGCUGACCGAGGACCCGGCCCGGAUCGUCAAGGCCGCCCGCGAGAGGGGCCUGCUGGUCAUCACCGCCGGCACCAACACGCUCAGGUUCGUGCCCAGCCUCGUCAUGAGCGAGGAGGAGAUCAAGGAAGGGCUAGCUAUCCUAGAGGAGGCCAUCAAGGCUACGAGGGAGUAAUGUUAUGAGAACAUAUUUUUUUUCUUCGACGUUGUCCAUGUUGUCGCUGCUAUUUUUUUUUUUUUUUGACCUAGCGUCUGGUCUAUGUCAAUGACUUGUUUUGUCUGGACGGAGUUUGGUUAGUGGGGAGAGGGUUUUAGAAAGACGCCUAGUUACAAGUUCACCGGCGUUCGACAGCCUACAACCAUAUAACGGAAUACACUACGGGAUAUCGCCUGGUGUGACAUGUGAUACGAUUCAAUCUCUAUUGUGUCGGUGUGCCACGGGUAGGACAUACAUACCUGCGUACAUCUAUAUGUGUACAUACAUAUGUCCAUGGGAUAGGCGCAGUAGAGCAACUUAGUUAUCUCGUCACCAUGAGGGAGCGUGCCCGUAAGUGGAAGAUCGGUUGGCC